CGAGAGACAAGAAUAAAAGCAAUGAACCCAUUGACCAAAUUUGAACGGCCGAUGUAUUCCAAGCUGGUGAAACAUCCCGGCGUUUGGCAGCCCAAUUUGUACCGUUCGCGUCCGAUCAAAACGGCAAUGGAAUCCAGCGAUCCUCAUCUACUAGAUGGGUACGCAUUCCGGAAUCUCUACCUCGAGUCGGCGACCAUGGAACUUCCCGCCCAGAAUCAUUCGGGUGCGGAACGGUAUGAAGAUUUCGUGUCCCGAAUCGCCGAUAUAAAUCAAGGAACGUACGGGUGCGUCCAUAGGGAACACUUCGCAGGCAAAAAGCUGGGCGUUGAGUUCUUGAAACGGAACUGGUUGGAUCAAGGUAAUACAACCUACCGAAGAGAACACUGUGAAGGGGAACGGGUCCUUGAUUCGCUGGAGGUCAAACGUAAGAAAAUUCGCGCCAGGAAGCAGUCUGUUCCGAUUCCACCUGGAUGGACUUUCAAGGAUACCUCUUCGGCGGCAGCUCACCGUGGCUGGGAGGAACUAUCGCAAUUGGUCCAAACAGCUAACACUAUACAGUAAUUAAAACGGGCCAUACUUACUCUUGCCGUAGGCUAUGGUAGAAAUCCAUCGCUUUCGUGCUUCUCGCUAUUGGCAGAAAUAUCAUGGUGGCAUUGAGAAAUUCGGAAGAUUCCUGGUGAACGAAAAAAACAAAUUUAGGUUAAGUAUGCUUUCCAUCAAAUUCAUUCGCAUACUUACAUUCAACUUAAUAAAAUCCACAUCCGUCAAGUAGUGCA